AUGAAAGGUUCAAUCUCUCAUUAGAGUAUGGUUGUGCCUUCUACCCAGAAGUUGCCCCCUCUCUAUAAAAAAUCAGUUCUGAAUCCAGACACGAAUAAUCGGAAGUCUCGAAACCAUUAGCUCAACCUACCUAAUGAAACUUUGCAAUACUCACAAGGUGAGCCACUCUACCAAACUCUACCCUCUGCCGAAAUAGAAUAUAUUAAUAAGAGCAGAAUAGAAGUCCCAAAAAAGAAGACUAUGCUUGAACAGUUCAAGAAUUACUAGAACUCUUAUGAUGUGGAAGAAUUUUCAAAAUCGUUUUGCGAUGCAGAUUAUAGAAAUUCACUUUCAAAGCUUAUUCAUUACAAUAUAACUCCAUCUAAUAAUAGUCGUAUGCAAUAAAACCUUAUAUCAGCCGAAGGCUAAUUAAGGUAGUAAAUGAGUUAACAAAAAUUAGGGACUAGUGUUUAGUCUCCAUAAAAUCAGUUAGGCAUAAGCUAUACGUACUGUUCUCCACUAGGAAUUAAAAUAGAUGCAAGUGAUGUUCUAAACUUUGACUACAAUAUAUUUUACAAUGAAAUCAAAUCCAAAUAAGCUCAUUCGAAUUACUCACAGUCGCCUUAGAGGAGGUAGACUGACUAAUUGAUCUAGGAUAAUAAACAGAGACAUAAAUAGUAUAUCAUUCAGUAACUUCGAAGAAGUAGCUAGCAGACACCAAGAUCCUCUUCGAAAGUAAAUAUCAACACCUAUUAAUAGCAAUACCUAAGGUAGAGUUAGAAUUCUACAAUGGGAGCAAAUAAAAUUGCUUCCAAUGAUGAAGCUUUCAUGCGUCUGAGUAAAGGAAACGGUAUUUAUAUUACCACUACACCGAAAAAGAGAAGUUAGUUUCUCAAUAAGAACCUAGCUGACUUGAAAAAUACCGAUAAUGAUUAAAUUGAAUCUCCUGGCUUGAUGAAAUCUGAUACUAUAACAAGCUAAAAGCUGAAUCAACUGGCAUCGCCAAAGUAGAAGAUAAUGAAGAUCUUAAAGCACACCUUGAAGCCAUUACAUAUGAGUAAGCCCUCAGAGACUUUCAAUAGAACAAUUUUAAAGGCAUCUGAACUCAUUUCUUCGAAGGUUAUCAGAUCUUCGUAAAAUAACUUCGAAGAUCAUAAAGAUGCUUCAAUAAUAAGCAGUCGUACAAGGAAAAAGAGAUUGACCAAUGAACAUAUUAAAACACUACCAAGUGAAUAGAUAGCAGGAAGCAAGAACAAAAUAAUCAGUGUAUCUAAUCUUAUGACAUCUCCAGAGUUUGGCAAAAAUGAAAAGAAUGCUAUAUUAACAAGAACACUAUCAAAUAAUCCAAGAAAGAAUAUGGUUUAAAAAUCAAAUGUGGAAUUGUUGCAUAGAAAUAACUCUAACGAUAGUAAUGAAUCAAGCCUUUAACUUUAGAAAAAAUUUACCCCUGCUGCAAACCUUAUCAAUAAUUCUGUAGAAAAUAGAUAGUCUCCAACUAAACUUACCUUGCUACAGAAUAAAUCACCAGGUCCACCCGAGUAAACUUAAGUGAAAUACAUGCUUACCAAAUCAAUAUUGAAUAACUCAAAUAUUUUAAGCAGAAUUAAUUCUAAGAUAAACGCAGUAAAACAACUUGGUUAACUCACACAAUAAGUAGGAACUCCUAAAAAAGGGAUUCUCAAAGCCUCAAAUCAAACCUAAACAACUACAAGCUUAAAUUCAGUUCUUAAUACUUAGCUAAACAAAACUUAAGCAAAGCCAAACCUAAAUGAUAGAAUAGUAAUUAGUGCUUUUUCAUCAGAUGAAUAAAAUUCAAAAACACCUAAAAAUGGAGGGAUUCUUGGCGAAGCUUUAAAUGAACCUAAGAAAAUAACUGAUGAAGAAGUAGCUUCUUAAAAAAGUACUAUAUCGAAAGGAAUGUAAAAUAUAGCUUUUGCUUUACUAAAGGUUAAGCAGGCAAAAGAUGAAGCUUAAAAAAGAAUAGCUGAGAGAAAAAAAAUAGAGGAGGAAGAAUAAAAACGGGAGGCAAGAGCUUAAUAAAGAAAGUUAGAAAAUAAGCAUAAAAAGAGUACAGAGGAAAUAAUGAUUACGAAUGAAGCUGAGGAUGAUGAAAGUUUAGCAAUUAAAAGGGAUAUAUUUUCUAAGCAUAAAAUGAAGGGUAAUCAACUUUAACAAGUAUCCUCAUAGCAAUUUCUUACUGCUAAUUACAAUCAAGCAAAAAAGAAAAAAAGUAAUAAUUUGCUGUAGAGAGCUAAUGAUAUAAAGCCUAUAGAAUUAAAGACUCGCAACUAUAAGGAUUUCUUUGAAGAGGAUCCAAUCUUCAAAGAGGAAACUGUAAAGGAUAAAGUGCGUCAGCGUCGGAAUAUCAAGUUCAUGCAGAUUUUGCAAUAGAGACGAGAAAAAUUUGAACAUCAGUAAAAGCAUCCUAUUUUUGGUGGCUUUGAUCCAAACAAAGGGAAAAUGAGUAAGAAGACCUACAAGAUAAAGAUGAAUAUUUAGAAACUAGACUUGAAUUAGCCUAUUAGGAGAUCUAGCAUAGACAAUUAGAGCAUUAAUCUAGAUUAAAUAUUAUCCUACUAAAAAGCGUCAAAUAAGAACAACAAGACCAGUGAGGAGAGUCAAAGCCAGGAUCAAUCGGCGAAUUGA